AUGGAAGAAAGAAAUCGCACAGUAGUAACUGACUUCAUCCUUCUGGGAUUUACAACAAACCCCCAACUACAACUCAUCUUGUUUGUAGUAUUUUUAAAUAUAUAUCUCCUCAGCCUGGUUGGGAACAUCACAUUAAUUGCACUAAUCUACAGCAGCUCUCAUCUCCAUACCCCCAUGUAUUUCUUCAUUGGGAACCUGUCCUUCCUGGACCUCUGGUAUUCCUCAGUGUAUACACCAAAGAUAAUCAUGAACUGUAUCUCUGACAACAAGAGCAUUUCCUUUGGAGGUUGUGCUGCCCAGUUCUUCUUCUCAGCUGGUUUCGCAUAUAGCGAAUGCUACCUUCUUGCAGCUAUGGCUUAUGACCGUUAUAUAGCCAUUGCCAAACCACUACAAUAUACCACAGCUAUGUCCAACAAGGUCUGCACGGGCUUGGUGACCCUUUCCUAUCUGUCUGGUUUCACAAAUGCCAUAAUAAUAACUACUGAAACAUUCACCUUGAGUUUCUGUGAUGGGAAGGUCAUUGAUGACUUCUUCUGUGACUUACCACCAUUAGUCAAGUUAGCCUGUAAUGUUCCCAGGAGCUAUCAGUCUGUUUUGUACUUUAUCCUGGUCUUGAAUGUAAUCAGCCCCUCAGCACUGAUAGUGGCCUCCUAUGUCUUCAUCCUAGCAGCUAUCUUGAGAAUCCGGUCCACUAAAGGGAGGCAGAAAGCCUUUUCCACCUGUGCAGCUCACCUGAGUGCUGUCACUUUAUACUAUGGCUCCAUCCUCUUCAUUUACUCCCGUUCAAAUUCCAGCUACACUUUGGAGAGGAACAAAGUGGUGUCUACUUUCUAUACAGUAGUGUUCCCUAUGCUAAAUCCUCUCAUCUACAGCCUUAGGAACAAGGAGAUAAAAGAUGCCCUGAAGAAGAAAGUACAGACUGAGUUUGUUCUCAGUCACAAACUGACACAAUUUAUUCUUGCUUCUCAGAACUGA